AACUUGGACCUUGCCGUAUCGUCAUAAUCAGCGUAUCUGUACCAUUAUAAAAAGCGAUCAUGAUGCGAUACGGUGAUACGACACAUAUCUGGACCCGCCGUUACGACUACGAGCUGCUGCAAUUUGUAUCACGCAGCGUUCGCUUGACGAGCAGAUUACAAUUAACUACUUUGCCGGCUUGAACGUAGCCCCUUUGAGUGUCUCACGCGAUUGAUUCUCCGCGUUUCAGACGAGAAUUGGCGAGAAUUCCACGUUUCUAUUCUCCGUGUAGGUUGGAUUUCCGUCGCGAGACCUCGCUGCAUUUGCAUAACGGUGUUUAAAUAUCAAGACAAUCGAACCUCUGAUCUGUGCUCUCGUGAGAAAUUCAAGAGUGGCAAUGGCGGAAGCGUGGUGCGAACGGGACAGCUCUAAGAGAACGUCGCACAUCGACUGGGACGAAUAUUUCAUGGCGAUUGCGUGCCUCUCCGCGAAACGGAGCAAGGAUCCCAAGACCCAGGUCGGCGCGUGUAUCGUCAACGACGACAAGAGAAUCGUCAGUAUCGGGUACAACGGGAUGCCCAUGGGAUGCAAGGAGUUCCCUUGGCACAAUGGCAAGCGCAAGAGUUUAAACACGAAACACCUCUAUGUGUGCCACGCAGUCCUGAACGCGGUCCUGAACAAAUAUUCGAACGAUGUCAAAAACUGCACGAUAUAUGUCGUCCUGUUCCCGUGCAACGAGUGCGCGAAAGUGAUAAUACAGUCUGGCAUAAAGACCAUCGUAUAUAUAUCCGAGAAAAAAGCUCAUUGUCAGAAACCCAGGAUGAUAGCCGCAAAAAGGAUGUUUAAUGCCGCGGGCGUCGGGUACAGGCAGUACGUUCCAAAGAGGCAGAAGCUAGAGAUCGAUUUCAGCGACAUUAACUGGACCGAUCUAGAGAUGAACCAAUUAUCGCAAACCCCGAUGGAAGAUUCUGCGCAUGUGUUAGGCUGCGUUCGGAAACAUCACCUGAGUACCCUGGUUAGGUUAGGUGAUUUCGUGCGGUACGCGAGACGGCGAGACACCGAGAUGCCAAGAAAAAAACGUCGAUUAUCGUCCAGCCCAUGGUCCAGCCCAUGGUCCAGCCUGAGGACUGAGCCGCCGGAGCCGCAUCGCGAGGAGAGACAUAUCAAGCAUGAGCAAUGGGACAUCUCUAAGAGAACGUCGUACAUCGACUGGGACGAAUAUUUCAUGGCGAUUGCGUUCCUCUCCGCGAAACGGAGCAAGGAUCCCAACACCCAGGUCGGCGCGUGUAUCGUCAACGACGACAAGAGAAUCGUCGGUAUCGGGUACAACGGGAUGCCCAUGGGAUGCAGCGACGACGAGUUCCCGUGGCAGAGGGGCGAGCACAAUAGUUUGAACGCGAAAUACCUCUAUGUGUGCCACGCGGAAAUCAACGCGGUCCUGAACAAAAAUUCGAGCGACGUCAAAAACUGCGCGAUAUACGUCGCCCUGUUCCCGUGCAACCAGUGCGCAAAAGUGAUAAUACAGUCUGGCAUAAAGACCGUCGUAUAUAUGUCCGACAAAUACGCUCAGAAAGUCGAGACGAUAGCCGCGAAAAGGAUGUUUGAUGCCGCGGGCGUCGAGUACAGGCAGUACGUUCCGAAGAGUCAGAAGAUAGAGAUCAAUUUCGGCGACGUUAACUGGACCGAGAUGAACCAAUUGCCGCAAACCCCGACGGAGCAGGGAAAUUACAAUGAGAAUUAAAAUCGUAUCGAUCACCAUUUUGCCUUACACGAAUAAAUCUGACUUUGGAAUGGACGUGUAUUCCACUUCUUUUUGUUUAUUUUUUUAUAGCACAGGUACGUUUAAAAAUGUAACGUCUAUUUCACUGCGAAUAAGUUGAUAAAGAUGGCCUUUUUAUUAUCGUCGUGGUAGCGUGCGCAAUAAAGAAUAUUUCUUCUCGUG